AUGCAUUCUACUUCUGCUUCUACUUCUACUGGCCGUCACCCCGUGUAUCGCGGGGUGAGGCGUAGAAGUAGUGGCAAAUGGGUGUCGGAAAUUCGGGAGCCGAAGAAGCCUAAUAGAAUUUGGUUAGGAACAUAUCCUACUCCAGAAAUGGCUGCGGUUGCAUAUGAUGUCGCCGUCCUUGCCCUAAAAGGCAAAGACGCCGAGUUAAACUUCCCUAACUCGGCUUCUUCGCUCCCGGUUCCGGCUACCUUAUCCCCACGUGACAUUCAAAUGGCCGCGGCUAGUGCUGCCGCGGCGGCCGGAGCAGCAAAAGAUGCCCUAAAUGCUGAAGGAUCAAGUUCAAGCCAAGGGAAUAUUAAUAAAAGCAAUGAAAAUAAUAAUAAUAAUAAUGUUCCUUCAUCAUCAAUGGCACAUGAUUUUGUGGAUGAGGAUUUGAUCUUUGACAUGCCUAAUGUUCUUGUGAACAUGGCAGAAGGAAUGCUUCUUAGUCCUCCUCCUUUUGACAUUGGUGGUGGUGAAGAUGAACCAGAAAACAUGGAUGAUGAGCCAAGCCUGUGGAAUUUCCCUUAA